UCACCACGAGCCCGCCGCGGUGGGAGAUCGGCAUCUACGCCGCCGGCGCCUUGGCGCUGCUGGGGAUAGCCGCCAUCAACCUCUGGAAGCUCUGGCGCUCCGGCAGCUACCCGGCGCCUUCCCCCUUCCCCAACUACGACUACCGAUACCUGGAGCAAAAGUACGGGGCGGCGUACUCGGACGUCAAACACAAGCGAGGGGUGGCCCCGGGCUCGCAGCGGGCGCUGGACAAGACCUCACCCACCCGCAAGACCGGCCUGCGGGCGGACGACACCUUGGAGAGCAUUAACGAGCUGGGGAGCCUGGAGCUGAUGAGCAAAGACCUGGGCUUGGCCCCCUACGGCCCCUUGAAGAAAUCCAUCUCGGCCGACUCCCUCAGCUCCGUCUCCUCCAUCGGGAACAACUUUGGGCAGGAUUUCACGGUGGGGCAGGUGGAGGUCUCCAUGGAGUACGACGGGAAGGCGGCCACCUUGCACGUGACGCUGCUGCAGGGCAAGGACCUGCUGGAGAAGGAGGACGCUCGCUUCGAGUCCUGCUUCAUGCGCAUCAGCCUGCUCCCGGCCGAGCAGAUCGUCGGCAUCUCCCGGAUUCAGCGGAGCGCCUACGCCGUGGCCUUCGACGAGCGCUUCUCCAUCCCGCUGGACCCAGCGGCGCUGGAGGAGAACAGCCUGCGCUUCUCUGUCUUCGGCAUCGACGAGGACGAGAGGAACGUCAGCACUGGCGUGGCCGAGCUCAAGCUCUCCGACCUGGACCUGGCCACGCGUCCCUUCAACGCCUGGCUCUACCUGCAGGACAUGAACAGGGCGGUGGACACGGUGGGGGAGAUCCUGCUCUGCCUGAGCUACCUGCCCACGGCCGAGCGCCUGACGGUGGUGGUGGUCAAAGCCAAGAACCUCGUGUGGACCAACGGCAAAGUGACUGCAGAUCCCUUCGUCAAGGUGUACCUGCUGCAGGACGGGAGGAAGAUCAGCAAGAAGAAGACGGCGGUGAAGAGGGAUGACACCAACCCCGUGUUCAACGAGGCCAUGAUUUUCUCCGUGCCGGCCAUCGUGCUCCAGGUCUGUCCCAGCCUGGGGGGGGAGGGGUGUCACAUCCCAUUGCUCCUUGAGGUCCCAAAUCCCUGCGCUACUGAGGACUUUCCUGGG